AUGGGAAGAGGAGCGCGACAAGGAGACUUGGGCUCAUAUAGAAUGAUUUUGUUAGAUAAAGACUUAGAGUGGGUUCUUGGUGCUAUUUUCGAGAGAGCGAAUUUAGUAACAGCCUCGUCGCGUACAGUUUUACUUAUGGAUGCCACAGGUUCUAUGUCAAGUUUACUAUCUGCUGCCAAAGAAACUGUUUGCACAAUGUUUGAACGAGCUGCGAGUAUUUUAAGUGAGAAAGGAUUACCUAAUGACGCAUUUCAAAUGCAAUUCGUCGUAUAUAGAGAUUAUGAUUGUAAGCCAGAGGGAAUUCUUCAAAGUUCUUCUUGGGAGACGAAACCGAUUGCUGCUAUGGGUGGUGGAGAUUAUGAAGACGCGAUAGAAGUAGGACUAUGGUAUGCAGUUCAGGAAAGUGAAUAG